AUGCAUCAAAAAAAUUGGGGUUAUGUUUCUCUUGUAGAACCAAAGAAUGCAAAGCAAGCUCUGGAGGAUGAUUGUUGGAUAUUUGCAAUGUAUGAAGAGCUUGAGCAAUUUGAGAGAAACGAUGUGUGGAGCUUGGUUCCUAGACCCAAAGGAAUAAACAUCAUUGGAACCAAAUGGAUCUUCAAGAACAAGUUUUAUGAGUUUGGGAACAUUGUUAGAAACAAGGCCAAACUUGUUACACAAGGAUACACUCAAGUGGAAGGGAUAGACUUCGAUGAGACAUUUGCUCCCAUGGCCAGACUAGAGUCUAUCAGAUUUUUGUUAGCAGUUGCAUGCUGCCUGAACAUAAAGCUUUACCAGAUAGAUGUAAAGAAUGCCUUCCUGAAUGGGAUGUUGAUGGAAGAGGUGUAUGUAGAAUAG